AUGGCCACCGAAAACGAUAAAGGCAUCACCCACAAGCUUCUGGAGAAGUUGUCCACGACAAGGUUUGCCUGCUCGUCUUUAGAACGCCUGGGCAGCUAUCUUGGAUUCGUGUACCGUGGCCAUCUCCGUCGUGCGCUGGACACCGGAGCCGUGACCGUGAUCAUCAAGCAUAAUGCCGGCCAUGCCGCAAGGAUGGAAGAAUUCCAGCUUCCAGAGAAUCGAGGCUCCCGAGAAAGCGAAAUCCUGCUUGCCUUUGCACAAACGCCCAAUCCCGUUCCACCCUUCACAUUCAAAAGCACCACCGUGCGAACCGCAGCGAUACACGAGUUCAGAGCACGGGAGAACACUCUGUUGAUUGAGGACAUCCCCGGCUCCAUCACCUUCCUCCAGCUGUUCACCACCUUCUCAUUGCGAUCUUACCUCCUGGGCCCGUCCCGGUCGUCCCUCGGGUUGAGCCUCGGCGCCUGGCUCGGCAAAUUCCAUUCCAGCACCCUGGACCGAGCCAAUUUGCCGGAAAUUGUGGCCUCGAAUGAAACCGUCCGCCGUUUGAUAUGGGAGUAUAACGAGAGGAAUCUACGCCAGAACAUCGAGGCCUAUCCGGAUGUUUUGAAAACAGAUGAGCAGCCGAGGAUGCGGGCAGCUGUCGAGGCUGUCCUCCUCUCACCCGGCCUGUUUUCAUCCACACUCGUCCCCGUCGACUGGGAAUCCUGUCAUUUCGGCUGCCAGACGCUGGAUGUGGCUCAGAUGAUCAGCAACCUCUACGUCGUCGAUCGCCUGGGCGGCAUCAAUGGGCCCAGGAACGUCAUGUACGGGUUUAUUGAUGGAUAUCACGAGACCCGGCGUCUGGACGAAGAGCUAGUAUGGCAUACGGUCGUCUGCGUGGGGGUGCUGAUCCUUUGCACUCCGUACACGAUGGUCCUGCCAGGCAGAGAUGUGCGGGAGAUCCUGCAAGCCGGGGCGGAUUUCCUCAUGAGAGGAUUGGCCAAGGAUCGGGGGUGGCUGGAAACUAGCGCGUUGGGUGUUUUGUUGGACAAAAUCUGA